CGCCUGCUCGCUCCGCCCCGAGGAGCUGGGCUGAGAGCAGGAAUGGCGCCGGCAUCAGCGUGACAAGCCGUGCAGCAGUCCGCUAUGGAGGAGGAUCCGGAGCUGGAGAGCCGUGUGCUUGGAGCUGAAUCUGCCAGCUGGAGGAAUGCUUCAGUUGUAACCACGCUGUAAAAAUGAAGAUGGCAAGGAAUGCUGAGUCCCAAGAGGCCUUUAAAAGCAAAGAAGGCUGUGGAAGAGUUACUGAAGGAGGCAAAACGUGGGAGAACCAGAGCUGAAACAAUGGGAGCGAUGGGCUGGUUGAAAUGUCCUCUUGCUGGUGCAAACAAAAGAUUUCUUAUUAAUACCAUCAAAAACACAUUACCGUCUCAGAAAGAACAAGACCAAGAACGUGAGCAAAAGGAAGUCAGCAAGGAGCCAGAGCCAAACAAAAGCAGGAAAGAAGAAAAACCAAAGAAACACAGAAUUCACCCAUACACACCCAGCUUUCAGUCCAGAAGGAGAGUCAGCUACUCUCCCCCUAGGCACCGAAGCAGGAGCCAGCACACAAAGGAUAAGUAUGAAAAGCGAUCUAGCAAACGAUGAAGAGAGGUGAAUAUGUGUUGUUACAAGCCAAGAAUGUCAUUAGACAUCAGACUGCAGGGAUGUUUAGGUCUUUUCAGAAUGAGAUUCUGUUCAGAAUAGGUUUUUGAACUGGUUUCUUGUGUGAGAAAUAGUUAGAGGUAGCUUUAUAAAAUCUUUCUUCGGGACCUUUAAGAGAAAAGUGAAGUGCAGCAUAAAUCUUUCAGUUCUCUGAGAACAGACAUUCCCUUCCCUUUGCUCCUUUCCUCUCUCCCUUUCUGGCUAAGCUUAGGGUCUUGGUAAUGGAGCAUAAUAUGUGUGUCACUGUCUGAUACAAUUUAGUCGUAUUACCCUUUUGGAAAUAAAUUUAAAUUAAGCUUAAGUCUAUCUAUAGUAUAAAGUUAGCAGAACUUCUUUGCUGCUUAACCAAUUGAGAAGUUUUGCUUGUUUAGAUUAAUUUAGCUUUAUAGUAUCUGGAACAAAGGAAAAUUGGUCAAUGCCUGGCCAAGCACGUAAGUUUUGUAUAGAAUAUGGGAGUUUGGUUUCUUUAGACAGUAUAAAAAGAACAGAUUUUAAGUGGGUAACACUAGUUUUGCUUUCCAGGAAAGACUACUACAAAAUACUGGUCUUGUGUGUUGUAUAUUCACAAACCUAUCAUUGAUAAUAAUGAAUGUUACCCCUAAAAAGCCAUAAAUGCAAUAAUUGUCUCUGUUUAGACUUCCCUGUGUAAGGAAGUAGUUUGAACAGUGUGUUGUCAUGGUGCUUUCAAAACCAACCUUGAAGACAAAAUGAUCAUGUCUCUGUCCACUGCUAAGAAGUUCCCAAGUAAAAGUGUAGAACUAGAAAUGCAGAGAUGUUUAAAAACAAUCAAAUGCUCAUUUUCCAAAACUGUA